CGUCACCGCCAGCAGCACCGCCUGAUACCAUGAACCCAGACCUGCGCAGGGAGCGGGCCGCCGCCAGCUUCAACCCGGAGCUGCUCACGCACGUCCUGGACGGCAGCCCCCAAAACACCCAGCGCCGGCGAGAGAUUGAGAACUUGAUUCUGAACGACCCCGACUUCCAGCAUGAGGACCCGAACUUCCUCACGCGCAGCCAGCGUUACGAGAUGGCUGUCAGGAAGAGUGCCACCAUGGUGAAGAAGAUGAGGGAGUUCGGCAUCGCGGACCCUGAGGAAAUCUUGUGGUUUAAAAACUUUGUGCACCGUGGGCGGCCUGAGCCUCUGGAUCUUCACUUGGGCAUGUUCCUGCCCACCUUGCUUCACCAGGCAACCGCAGAGCAGCAGGAGCGUUUCUUCAUGCCUGCCUGGAACUUGGAGAUCGUUGGCACUUAUGCCCAGACAGAGAUGGGUCAUGGGACUCAUCUUCGAGGUUUGGAAACCACGGCCACGUAUGACCCCAAAACUCAGGAGUUCAUCCUCAACAGUCCUACCGUGACCUCUAUCAAGUGGUGGCCUGGGGGACUUGGAAAGACUUCAAAUCAUGCUAUAGUUCUUGCCCAGCUCAUCACUAAGGGAACGUGCUAUGGAUUACAUGCAUUCAUUGUUCCUAUCCGUGAGCUUGGGACCCACAAUCCUUUGCCAGGGAUCACUGUUGGAGACAUUGGUCCCAAAUUUGGUUAUGAUGAGAUGGAUAAUGGCUAUCUGAAGAUGGACAACUACCGUAUUCCCAGAGAAAACAUGCUGAUGAAGUAUGCCCAGGUGAAGCCCGACGGCACAUACAUGAAGCCCGUGAGUAACAAGCUGACCUACGGGACCAUGGUGUUUGUCAGGUCCUUCCUCGUAGGCGCGGCCGCACGGGCCCUGUCGAAGGCGUGCACCAUUGCUAUCCGGUACAGCGCCGUGCGACACCAGUCUGAGAUCAAGCCGGGUGAGCCGGAACCUCAGAUUUUGGAUUUUCAGACCCAGCAGUAUAAACUCUUCCCUCUCCUGGCCACAGCCUAUGCCUUCCAGUUUGUAGGCGCAUACAUGAAGGAGACCUAUCACAGGAUCAAUGAAGACAUUGGCCAAGGGGACCUGAGCGAGCUGCCCGAGCUUCAUGCCCUCACUGCCGGCCUGAAGGCUUUCACCUCCUGGACCACGAAUGGUGCCAUCGAGGCGUGCCGGAUGGCUUGUGGAGGGCAUGGCUAUUCCCACUGCAGUGGGCUUCCCAACAUCUAUGUCAACUUCACCCCAACCUGUACCUUUGAGGGAGAGAAUACAGUCAUGAUGCUCCAGACGGCCAGGUUCCUGAUGAAAAGCUAUGACCAGGUGCACUCAGGAAAGUUGGUGUGUGGCAUGGUGUCCUACUUGAAUGACCUGCCCAGUCAGCACAUCCAGCCACAACAGGUGGCUGUCUGGCCCUCCAGGGUGGAUAUCAACAGUCCGGAUGGCCUGACCGAAGCAUAUAAACUCCGUGCUGCCAGAUUAGUAGAAGUUGCAGCCAAAAACCUUCAAGCUGAAGUAAUCCACAGAAAAAGCAAGGAGAUAGCCUGGAACCUCACUUCUGUUGACCUUGUGCGAGCAAGUGAGGCACAUUGCCACUAUGUGGUAGUUAAGCUCUUUUCUGAAAAACUCCACAAAAUUCACGAUGAAUCAGUCCAAGCUGUCUUAAGGAGUUUAUGCCUCUUGUAUUCUCUGUAUGGAAUCAGUCAGAAGGCUGGGGACUUUCUUCAGGGGAGCAUCUUGACGGAGUCUCAGAUUACCCAAGUAAACCAGCGGAUAAAGGAGUUGCUGACAGUCAUCCGCCCUGACGCUGUUGCCCUGGUUGACGCAUUUGAUUUUCAGGAUAUGACUCUCGGCUCUGUGCUUGGCCGCUAUGAUGGGAAUGUCUAUGAAAACUUGUUUGAGUGGGCCAAGAAAUCCCCACUGAACAAAACAGAGGUCCAUGAAUCUUACCACAAGCACCUGAAGUCUUUGCAGUCCAAGCUGUGA